CGCGCCCGAGGCGGGCCGCGCGGCGGCCCGCCGCCCGCAGGGCGCCACGCCCUGGGCCGCCCGGCGGCCGGCGUCGCUGCAGGAUCGGAGCAACUACUCCGACGAAGGGUCUCUGGCGUGCCGCGCGUCCACGCAUGCGCCGAAGGACCUCUGCCCCGCGUCAUGCCCGUACGCCGCACAGGACGCGGAAGUGCCGUGCAACUUCUACUGCGUGGCGAAGUCCGACUGCGGUGUGUUCCCCACCAUGAACGGGGAGGAGGUGGCGGACGCGGAGCUGAAGGUGUGCCGUAAGUGCCAGGUGGACGGCUGCGAGAAGUGCGCUGGGGACGGCGGGGACCACUGCGAGGUAUGUGACUCUGGGUUCGAGCUGGACUCCACCACGCGACAGUGCAUCAGCACAGGCGUCAAGCUUCACCUCCCAGCCGUCGGCGCGGGUGUCAUUCUUGGGCUGGUCGUCCUGCUGCUGAUCUGGUACGUUGAUCUCUUCCUGCGGCCCCCCGACAAUUCGGAGAUCCUGAAAAAGGCCAUGGAGCACCGGGAACAGCUGAAGAUCCGAAACGAGGACGGCGUAGAGCGUCCGGCGCUGCCCGUGUGGGAGGGCUGGUGGUGGAAGACGAGCGUCCACGAGGAUUUGCGGGUCGGCGGCCCCGGGUUCCUGCUGCACAUGGACUUCCAGCUGUUCCUGCUGGCCUGGGCCUUCCUCGCGGCCCUGGGCUGGCUCGUGUUCGGCCUGGUCGAGCCCACGGCGUUCACCAUCGGCCUGCGCGAGACCACGACGUCGCUGCAGCUGUGCAGCGCCGUGCACAACGGCCGGCUCGAGCGGGACGCCCUCCUGGAGAGCAAGACCCUGUUUGUGGGGAUCUUCUACGUGGCCAGCGUGGUGGCGUUCCUGGCGUUCGCGGCUCGGCAGCAGCGCAAGUUCGUGCGGCUGGACGACGGGGACGACUCGCUGAUGGACUACGCCGCCUUCUGCAAGGGAUUUCCCGCCGGAGACAAGGGCGCCGGCAUUGAGGAGGAGUACGAGAGCUUCUUCAAGCAGGUCCCCGGUGAGGACCUCGUCGGGGCGAGUGUGUGCUGUGACCACCCGGACUCCGUGUAACUGUUCGCAAGCGAGAGCCCCAUUUUGAAAAGGAACCGCCCUCCAUCCAUGCAGC